GGAAGGCCCUGCCCCGGGGCAGCCACUCGGGGGUGGAAGUGGCCGCCAUGUUGGCGUGAGCGGCGGCCGUUACAGCCGUUAGAGCCGCGCGGGGCGGGCGGCGGCGGCUCCCCGGCGGGGCCGUAGUGGCGGCGGGUGCCCGCGCUGCUGCUGCCGCCGCAGCCGCCGCCUCCGCCCUCUGAAUGAUGCGGCGGGAGGCGCCGCUGGGCUGGGUGGCAGAAGCAGCGGCGGCCCGGGGCAGCGUCCGGUCGGAGGCGGCGGGCAAGGGCGCGGCGGAGGAGGAGGAGGAGACGGCGGCCGCCCGGUCCCCGGCCCCCCGCGGCGGCCGGGCGAGCGCAGGAUGCUGAGAGCCACCCCGCGCCCUGGUCGCGCCGCGGGGAAAGGGCCCCCCCGGGGCUGAACGCGGACUCCCCCGCACCCCUGCACGCUUCCCUCCAUCCCCCUUCUCUCUUCCCGCCUCCUUCAGCCCCUCACUUUCUCCUGGCGCCGCCUCCCGGCGGAGCAGCAGCGGCGGCUCCGGGGCUGAGCGGCUCCUCCCCGUCCGGCUCCUCCCGCGGCGGCGCGGGAGCGUGGGGGGCGGCGGAAGAUGGCGUGGGUGCUGAAGAUGGAUGAAGUGAUCGAGUCUGGGCUGGUGCACGACUUCGACGCCAGCCUCUCCGGCAUCGGGCAGGAGCUGGGAGCCGGUGCCUACAGCAUGAGUGAUGUUUUGGCACUGCCUAUUUUCAAACAGGAAGAUUCCAGCCUUCCACAAGAAAAUGAGACCAAACAUCCACCCUUCCAGUAUGUUAUGUGUGCUGCAACAUCUCCAGCAGUAAAAUUAUAUGAUGAAACUCUUACAUACUUGAAUCAAGGUCAGUCCUAUGAGAUACGGAUGCUAGAUAAUCGGAAAGCUGGAGACAUACCAGAGAUCAAUGGAAAACUGGUGAAGAGUAUUAUAAGAGUUGUGUUCCAUGACAGAAGGUUGCAAUAUACGGAGCACCAGCAGCUAGAAGGUUGGAAGUGGAAUCGCCCUGGGGACAGACUUCUCGACUUAGAUAUUCCAAUGUCUGUUGGAGUCAUUGAUAUCAAGACAAAUCCAAGCCAGCUCAAUGCAGUUGAAUUUUUGUGGGAUCCAACAAAAUGUACAUCUGCUUUUAUUCAGGUACAUUGUAUCAGCACUGAAUUUACCCCUCGUAAACAUGGAGGAGAGAAAGGAGUUCCUUUUAGGAUUCAGGUUGACACUUUUAAACAGACUGAAAAUGGAGAAUAUACAGAUCAUCUGCAUUCAGCCAGUUGUCAAAUCAAAGUUUUUAAGCCAAAAGGAGCAGACAGGAAACAGAAAACAGACAGAGAAAAGAUGGAAAAGCGAACUGCCCAUGAAAAAGAAAAGUAUCAGCCUUCGUAUGACACCACAGUUCUUACAGAGAUGAGGCUUGAGCCUAUAAUUGAAGAUGCAGUUGAACAUGAGCAGAAAAAGUCCAGCAAGCGGACUUUGCCAGCAGACUACGGUGAUUCUCUGGCAAAGCGAGGCAGUUGCUCACCAUGGCCUGAUACUCCUACAACAUUUGUAAACAACAGUCCUACUCCUGCUCCAACUUUUACCUCUGCUCAACAUAAUACCUACAGUGUCCCAGACAGCAAUUCUUCUUCCCCAAAUCAUCAAGGAGAUGGAACUUCUCAAGGGUCUGGAGAUCAGCUUCAUCCUUCAGCCACAAUCCAGGAAACUCAGCAAUGGUUGCUCAAGCAUAGGUUCUCGACCUAUACACGGCUUUUUUCAAAUUUCUCAGGUGCUGAUUUAUUAAAGCUGACAAGAGAAGAUCUGGUACAAAUCUGUGGUCCAGCCGAUGGAAUUCGGCUAUAUAAUGCACUGAAAUCCAGGUCUGUUAGGCCCCGUUUAACAAUCUAUGUCUGUCAGGAGCCAUUAAGGAGCAUACAACUGGAGAGACCAGAUGCAGGCAACGGUGAUAGCAGCAAUGGUGCAAUAUACGUUUAUCAUGCAAUCUACUUAGAAGAAAUGGCAGCCUCAGAAGUCACUCGCAAGCUCGCUUUGGCAUUUAAUAUUCCUUUGCAUCAGAUCAACCAGGUUUACAGACAGGGUCCCACAGGUAUCCACAUUCUUGUUAGUGAUCAGAUGGUUCAAAACUUUCAAGAUGAGAGUUGUUUCUUAUUCACCACAAUAAAAGCUGAAAAUGGUGAAGGCUUCCAUAUAAUUUUGAAGUGACGUCACACGAUUGUUAGACUGAUCCUCCAACGCAGAAUGCAGUCCUGCCUAAAGAUUAUGAAGAUCAUCCAAAAACCUUAGGAUCUAACUUCAGCGUAUAAGAUGUUUCAUAUUGAAAACACAAAAUGACCUUUCUAACGAGCUGUUUGAUAGGUGAACUUUCUUAUCACUGCCAUAGCUAAGUGUCCUCAUGAGAGGUAUAACGCCAUGACAGCUUACGUACAGGCAUGGAAGACAAUGUAAGCAAAGGUGCUUGCCCUUCACUGAAAUAAGGCAAAUUACGGCCAGUAGAUACGGUUUCUAGAAGCGAAGCACUCGUUGCUUCUCUAUUACCUGUAUCCAGUUGGAGAUGAAUGUAAACUUAUUCUGGGGCAUUUACCUUUCUGUGCCAGUUUGUCUAUUACUUGCUUGUACCUUAUGCUGGUUUUAUUUUUUUGAUGUUAGCAGAGCACAUAUUAAUCUGUGUGGAGAUGAGUAGUUAAGCUGAUAGUGAUCAGGUUGUCGGGUCUUUGAGAGUAAAGCUGUCAAAACAGCUUCCCGUGUAAAUUGUGUAUAAGAGUGUAUGUAAGAAGUGUAAAUGCCAGAACAGGGCUUUUAAGAAGCCCGAGACAGAU